GCGGCGAGCAGGCCCGGCCUCCAAGAUGGCGGCGCCCGGAAAGCAGUAUGGGCUUAUAUUUGCCAAGAAAGCGCAGCAGAAAGGACUUGUCAAGCAUGCGGUCUUCAUGGAAGACUCCGACGAAGAGUCUUCGAUCGGCAAGAGCCUUCAGCGAGAAGCCUUAAAAAAACAAGCAAUGAAACAAACCAAGAUGGAGAUCCAAAGGGCACUGGCAGAAGACUCCACCGUGUAUGAAUAUGACAGUAUUUUUGAGGACAUCCAGCAAAAGAAGGCAGAAAGCCAUGCCAGCUUGCUUGCAGGGAAAGCAGAAAAAAAGCCCAAAUACAUCCAAAAUAUCCUCAGGGCGGCCGAGCUGCGGAAGAAGGAACAGGAAAAGAGAAUGGAGAAGAAGAUCCAGAAGGAGCGGGAGGCCGAAGGGGACACCUUUGACGAUAAAGAAGCCUUCGUGACAUCGGCAUACAAGAAGAAGCUGCAGGAGAGAGCCGAGGAGGAGGAGAGGGAGAGGAAGGAGGCGGCGGUGGAAGCCUGCCUGGACGUUACCAAGCAGAAGGACCUGAGCGGCUUCUAUCGGCACCUGCUGAACCAAGCCGUGGGGGAAGAGAAGAUGCCCCACUGCAGCCUUCGGGGCACCGGGUUCAAGGGAGAAAACCUCGCUGAAGAGCCGCCGGACUCCAGUCAAGCCAGCAGAAGUCUGGGAGGCCAAGCAAGAAGAGAGGAGGACCCGGAUGCAGACGGCGACUCGCAAGCAGGCAGCAGUGCGGGCGAAGACGGGGCUGCCGAGGGGGUCCCCGCAAGCAGAGGCAGUGAGGGGAGGGCGGCCGGGGCGGGUGGCCGGGAUCGUGGCGGGGGCCGUUCCAAGCCCCGGCAAAGCCAGAGAGACUCGAGGUCCCCCAGCGAGGAGAGGCACCCCCACCCCCGUCGGGCAGAGAAGGGCGAUGCGGCGGGAGGGGGGAAGGCCGGGCAGCACGAGGAGAAGAGCCGCCACGGGAGGAGGCUCCAGAGCCAUGGAAGGGACGCGCGAAGCGGGACCGAGGGCCACCGCAGGAGGCGGGAAGACCGGGAAGACCGGCCAAGGAGGAAGGACCCAGAGGAGGAGGAGGAGGAGGAGGAGGAGAGGCAAGAGCAGAGGAGAGGAAGAGGAAAGAGGGAACGUCGAGCCAGAGAGAGAGACCGAGACGGAGACAGGGAAAAGGGAAGGGGACGGGACGCAGCCGGCAGGGAAGGGAGAGACGAGAAGCCGACGCACGGGAGGAAACGCAGCUCUGGGUCCAUGGCCCAAGGGGGCCCUUCCAGCCCUGAGAAAUCCCCCGAGGUGCAGCGCAAGGCUGCAGCGGACGGCGGAGAGGAGCCGGCGGAGAAGCCCCCGGAGAGCCUCGGCAAAUUUGCAAAGCGGAGCAACCAGGAGACGGUCUUGUCUGCCCGGGACCGCUACCUGGCCCGGCAGAUGGCCCGCGUGGGCCCCAAGUCCUACGUGGAGACCGAAGAAGAUUAGGGCUGGCUUCGGGGGGGUCUCCGGAGGGACUUCGCUGGGAAUCUCAGGGCCCUCUGAGUGGCAGUAAUCCCUGGCCACUCGCUUCAAAGAUUCUGGGCACGAGCGGCGAAGACGGUGGGCCGAGGGACCUCGGAGGGAGCCCUCGGCUCCCUUGUGGCCUGCCCCUCUCCUCUCGAGGCCAGGAGCCUCCUGGGCCGGAGCACGUGUUCGGGCCCAGUCUGGGCCACGUGGCCUUCGCGGACCUUUCCUCAAGGUCCAGAAACCAUCCGAGAGUGCAGAGGAAGGGAGGGAAGCAUGCAUAUUAUACGAGAUCGGAGUGUUCUUACUUUUUUGUUUCAAAUACACUGCACUUCCAUAGCGGAUUUAAAGGUUAGGAGUUUCUGUUUGGCACUUCGUUACUUCUGCCUUCCAGAACCAGUGAAAUAAAGUGAAAAAGAGAAGUA